AUGGCUCCCACCACCUCGGCCUCGGCCAAGAAGCCUGCAGCGGCUCCUGAGCGCAAAUACAAAUGCCAGUUCUGCAAUCACACGAAAGAGCGUCCGUUCAAGUGCUUAAAGUGCCGAAGCACAUUUGUUCGACGAGAUCUGUUGCUCCGUCAUGACCGCACCGUCCACGCAAAGGAUGGAGGUAUACCUUUAGUAGCAGAGGGCCGCCGACGUGGACAAAAAGCAGCCAACAAUGCGUCGAAUUCGAACUCGAAUUCGACCCCUGCAGCAGCUCCGGCAACUACAGGAGGGUCGUCAAAACCUUCGAUCACCAUUGACCCAGCAGCUCUGGAACAAAUUGAAGCAAGCAGCGAUGGCAUGGUUGAUCUUGAAACGGCAGCCAUGUUGAUGACGGAUUUUCAACACAAGGCCGCGGCGACGGCAUCUCAAGGCCUUAGUGGAGAUGUUACCGAUCCGACCUACUCCUCUGAUCAUGGUGUGGUGCUUGAUUCCUCCCGUGGGGGUAUUUACCAGGAAAUGCAACGUUACCCCAGAUGUCCCUGGGAUACUUUCAUGAGCCCGUCCGAAGUCAAGCCGCACUCAAUCGCGCAGGAUACAAAGCAGCGAUUUUCGGUGUCACAUAGCCACCAGAGCCAGCUCGCGUCCUCAAUUGAACGAAACACCGUAGCGUCGGAACCCUUGGGACAUGUAUUGCACCCCUUGGUCAGCUCCCUCCCGGUAUCAGGAAACUCCACUCCAAACGCUCUUUCGCCUUACCCGUCAAUGACUGGCCCUGUGUCUCCGGUAAAUUAUCGUCGCUCUCCUGGGCCAAGCCAGAUUCUAACCCAGCCGAAGCCGCCUCAAAUCUCGAGCGAUCAGGAGAGGGAAAUCAUCACUGAACGAGUUCAGGCAAGUGAUGCUCUUGGAGCGCUACCAGAUACAUUCCAGCUUCCAACAACCGCGGCCAUGAAUCGGUACCUGUCGACAUAUUUCAACAUGUACCAUCACCACCUCCCUUUCUUACACCAGGGAACUUUCUCACCAAAGGAUGUAUCUUCACCACUGUUGCUUGCUGUUUUAUCCAUAGGUGCAUUGUAUACUUUUGAAAAGGAGCCUGCUUUCAUGCUGCAUAUUGGGUCGAAAGUGCUUGUCAAUCAGUUCCUGCAACAUAAGGAGAAUUUCGACUCCAGGAAAUGUCCAUUGUGGGCCAUGCAGAGUACAUUACUCAACAUGAUUUUCGAAAGUUGGAGCGGCGAUCCCAAAGGCCUCGAAUGGACAUGCUCAAUAAAGAGUUUGCUUGCCAACAUGGUUGCGGGCAAUCGGUAUCAAUUGAAGCUUCGCAUCGAUGCACGUGGAGACAACCUUCCCACUCACGAAGAAUGGAUAGAAGACGAAGGCUGCCGACGUACAUACUAUGCCGUUUACGUCUUCUUCGGCAUGUUAACGCUCACAUUUAACCACACGCCAGCGAUGAGCUUCGACGAGUUCGACACGCUAGAGCUUCCGUCUUCGGAAUCGAUGUGGAAUCUUGAAGUCUCGGAUAGUUAUACGUGGCGCCGUAACCUCGCCGCGUACCGUACGGUAUCGUCGCGAGAAGCACACGAUAGCUUGUUCCGUGGCGAAACUGUCAGGUAUAGUGCGUUCGCAACACGUAUUUUGAUCAAUGCUUUGUUCCUGGAGGUGUGGUAUCACAAGCGCAGCAUCGAAGCCCUACAAGACGUAGUUAUGGGCUACAAGCUUCGCCUUGCGCUUGACACCUGGGAGAAUUCACUUGAUAUUUGCGAACCAGAAACCAUCGUUGUCCCGGUCAGUACCCCUCAGAAGGGCCAUCCUUUAAUUUUCAAUUCGAUGGCUGUUUAUCGCAAUACUCGAGCUCGUCUGGAAGUCGAUUUGAAAUCAAUUCAAGAAGCGCUGCGAUACCACUCAUCCUGCCAUUCAAGGCCUCAAUUGGGUUGCCACAGCUUCCGCGACAAAUUGGAGCGUGGAGCAUCCGCUGUGUGGUAUGGACUUAAUGGUCACCUUAAGCCUGUGGCUCUAUCGCCUGGAACAUGA